UUCUAGCAACUGAUGACGUCAGGAUGGUUCUUCUCGCAAAACAUCGCAAAAUCCCGCAUAGAUGGCGGGGGAUCCAAAAUGUUGUCUGCUUGAAAAUAUGUAAACAAUACACGAGUACGUGUGGACCAUAGAUCUAAAAAGAACAUGUUCUUUAGUGAGAUGAUUGAAGCAUAAGAGCAAUGACUUCAAGGCAACCAAUUGGGAAGAACAGCUACAAGACAUUUGUAGCUCAGCAAAAGAAACUGCUGUCUUCCAAGUACCCAUUUCUUAGUCAGAGCCAGAUUUUACACAAAGUGAAAUCUUUGUGGGCCAAAUGUGCUAAGGAAGAGAAAUCGAAUUAUAGGGGUAAAGGAAAACCACGCAACAUCAAUGUGACAGUGAGAUCUACAUAUACUCUUGAAUUUUCUACAUCUUCAAAAAAGGAAAAACCUUUGUCUAAAACUUCAGCUGAGGAACAUGGUUUGGUGUCAAGAAAGUUUAACUCAGAAAAUGAGGCCCAUGUGUUGUGGGAUAAAGACAUUAAUCAAAGUCCACCGGAAGUUGGAGAUGAUGAGGAACUGCAGUUUAUCAGAGGUAGUCCAACCCAUACAUACAAAGAUGGAAGUUAUAUGCCUACAGAUAGAUUACCCAUCCCUGAAAUUUAUGAAGAAAUUCCUUGCACGCAGCAGUCGGGAAUUCUAAAGAGUGCUAGUAGGGAUCCAGCCAAGUUGAAUUGCAGCAACAGAGUAAGUUGGGGUGAAACACUAGCUACAUACCACUCCAACUCUGCUUCAGCAAGCACUCGAUCUAACACCAACUCACCAUCAAAUUUUGGGAGUGAUGCAGAAAACAUCGCAAGAGGUGAAGUCAUAACAAGUUCACCUAUAAUGGAAAGUCGAAUCCUACGAUGCCCAGAUUCUCAGGAAAGUUGUGCUUCACUUGAUUUGGCUCUGGCUAAUAAUUAUAACCAAAAAACAGCAGCAUCACCUGAUUUUGAAAUCUGCUCACCAAAUGUGAUUCCACCUUCCCAAACUGAAGGUGAUAGGUAUUUGUUCACUGAUGAAGACAAGUUUCCAGUGUUAUCAAAAGCCAGUAAAACACUUGUUCAAGAUAUGGGCAAAUGUGACGCUGAAAAUGGAAACAGUAAUGGAAAAACUGUAGACAGUGUAGACAGGUCAAGAAACAAUAAGCAAUCUUCAAACAGUGGGGAAGGUGAAAAGGCAAGCUCUGUCACAAGAUUAAGAAAUAGGCAGAACCAGAAUAUAGAGAAACCUAAUAGCAUAAAUACACCUCAAGAAGAAGAGUCCCAAGUGAAGGAUGGAAAGUCAAAAUCCAUAAAACAGUGCGAAGCAAGUGAAAAAGAAUCCUCAUUUUCUGAUCCCAAAAGCUCUCAAGAUGACACCCAAACAAAUCAAGUUAUCAACAGGGACCAAUGUAAUGAAACCAGCAUACCGCCCCCCUCAAAGUCAAAGAAAAAAAAGGGCAAGUCAAAGAAGAAUUAUAAAAAGAGACAAAAAAAAUCAUAUUCGGCUGUUUCAUCAGGUACCAUGCAAGCUUCACAAAGUGAAAAUGAACAAAAACAGGGAUGCAAAAGUCAAAAGACACCUGUCACCCAAGCUCCAGAAAAGUUAGAGGAAGGAGAAGGCCAAGCGAUGCUGAACAGAGAUAUUGGAGACCUACAGCAGAAUUCAGAAAGUCUGAUCAUGCUCAGUGCAAAGGAUAGUCACCACAACCAUGACAAGGUAUCCCAGAGAUCUGCUCAUAAGGCCACUGUUGCCCGCAUCCAUGCUAGUUCGGUUUGUGCUGCCAGUCCUAUACCAGUAGCCAAGGAGGAAGUCACAAAACCAGCAACAGAAGAGCAUGUAAAUACUGGAGAAUCUAAUCCAUCUGCAGCAGAGUCAAGUCAAAAUUCUGAACCAAACAGUUUGAGCCAAGGUGACCACACAAAGACAGCAUCUACAGUGCCAAUUACCCACUGCAAGAAUAAGAAGAGAAAAGCAAGUCUUGCCAUUAUGUUUGUUGGCAAAGGUGGCAAUUCAGCUCUAGUGCCAUCCCCUCAAGUGCCCAGAAUUUCAACAGAUGGCCCUAAAAAAUGUCAUAUGCAACACUUACAGUUUGAUAAAGCACCGAGAAGAAAGGCAUCAAUUGCUAAGACACCAGUGGCCUUUGGGGGUGCUGUGGCCCUGAAUGAUCCUGGUCUUGUGGAAGAAGAUAUUGAUGCAAUCCGAGAAUCUCAAAACAUUGUUCAGAAAAAUAGAAAAAUGGCUGUCAGAACUGUUGCACCACAAAUUCAAAGCAUAGAAGAAUUGAGUGUUGAGGAAACCAGCAAGACUAAUCAUUACCCUCACAGAAGAGGAAAAAAAGUAUCGGGAGCAAAAAUUGUUGUGCAGAUGGGUGGUCUCCACUUACAAGCAGCAGCAGUACAUUCACCUGGAGAAAACAGGAAAGAAAAGAAUACUGCUAUUUCAAGGGAUGAUGUUCAGGAGGCAUUGGAUGAUAACAUCAAUGAGGUGGUGCCAGAAUCUCAAAUUGACACCGCAAUCAAAGACAAUGAUGUGAAUAUAGGUGAAACUGUGAACAAACAGGUUUUUGAAGCUGAUACCUCAGGAAGUGGGAAUAAAGAAAAUCAGCAACAGCUUGAAAAUGCAGAGUCUCCAGAGAUCGAUUCUGCAAACCAAGAUAAGGCAGCAAGUGGUGACAAAUUAUGUGAGCAAGUUCCAGAGGCCCUGAAGAUUGCACAAAAUGACCCAGAGACUAGAGAUGCAUCAAAAGAUGUUUAUUCUCAAGAAAAUAAUGAUAAAUCUAACCCAAGUAAUCCAUACUUUAAAAAACAGUCUGGAAGCAAGAAAGAUAAACAGUCAAAGAGAGGAAGCAUGAAAUCAACCAGAAGUUCUCAAAGAGCCAAAACUAGAUCUCAGGUUUUACAUGACACUCAGAGUCACAAUAAAGUACAAAGUGAAAAAAUUGAAUGUAAUGACAGAAAAGCUGAAAUAGUGUUGGAACAUAAAGCACUGUCCAAAAAGAACCAAGAUGAAACUGCUGAAGACAGUGCAACAGGUACUAACAAAGGAAAAAUGAUGAUUAAUAAUCUCGGAAGUCAAGAUGAUGAGCCACGUGUUUUAACAAGAAGCAAAAGAACCACCAUAUCAAUUCCUAGUAAAGAUAUCCCUGAACCUGUCGGUAAGGUAAAGAAAACCAAUAAUGCACGGUCAGUUAACCAAAAAGGACUGACAAAAACCACAAAUGAAAAUUCUUUGUCAUCUCUUUUGUUAUCACAGUCUUCUCUACCCUUACGAAGAUCUAAAAGGAUGAAACAAAACGGCAAGGCAUCCAGUGAAAUACCGCCAUGUUUUGAAGAAGGGUUAGACAGUGAAAAAUUUAGAGAGAGUUGCACAGAAAAUUAUUCAAGGGAGGCCGGAAUUCAAGAUGAUUCAGUUCUUUCUGCAAAUUCAGCCACUCCUUUACCAUCUUACAUAUUCAACAAGAACAGUCAGGCAGGUGUGGAAAACCUUCCCUCUGAUCAAAUACAUGCAGAUGAGAUGUCUACUAGAGAUGGCUAUAUACAAGAAUCUGCUGUCCAUAUUGAGCAAUCCAAUAUGCUGAAUUCUAGGGACACCCAACAACCCACAUAUAAUUUAUCUUCUUCAUCAGUUGAAGUUAUUCAAGAGACACAAGAUUUAUCAUUAGUGAACAUGGCAAGGGACAUCCCACCAAGAAGCCAUUCAACUGACAGAAAGGUUUCAAAGAUGAUGCAUGAUCUUGGGUUUGACAGUGAUGGUGAUGAAGACUGUUCCAAUAAGGAAAAUAUCAUUGAUGAAGAGGAUUCCAAGGCGUCACAAAAACCCAAGAAAAGGGUAAAGAAAAUAGCUGCUCAAAAUGAAAAAGCAAAGAGUAGAGAGGGAACCCUUUCCAAACCAAGUGAAAAAGUGUCUUUGUAUGAUUUUGAUGAAUAUGAUGACAAUGGAGACUUUAAAAUGGAUAGUCAGUUAAUUACACCAGCCAAAUCAGUUUACAGUGAAGCAAAGCAGUCUGCUGUUAACAAAAAGUCUGAAAAAAGGAUAAGAUCUAAAAGAAGCAACAAGAGCAAUGAUGAAUUUGAAUCUGUUUAUGAACUUAAUCUAUCAGAGAAGGAUAUGGAUCUCAGUGGGGUGUCUUUGCGUGAUUUCUCCAAAUUUGUUUCUUCUGGUGAAAAGAGUAAACGAAAGAAGGAGAAGGGGCUUAUAGUCGACCUCUCAAAUGGUUUUGAUUUAGAUUCAGAUUGCAAUUCUAAUUUGAAUCAAGAAAAUUCAAAAUCUAAGAGAACCAAGAAAAUGAAAGGCAACAGAAAAAUAAAACACCAGAAUGAUCUUUCUAAAAACAAAACACAGUUGAAUAGGAAGCAACAAGAUGAUCUGCAAACCCCAAAACAAGACACUAAUAGAUAUAUGGCAAACAUCGCUGUCUCUGAACUGGUAACACCCCAGUCUGAAAAUAACUCAACAGAAGCUGCUUUAAGGGAAGUAAUCAAAACACCACAGAAACCAAGAAAGAGCAAAUCUCCUGUUCACCGUGCUGAGAAGUCCCGCUGCAGCACAAGACUUUUAAAAACUCCUACUUUGACAUUUAUUGGUACAGGAACACCAACCACCCCAAGAUCUGUGGAGAGAAGAAAAAAGAAAAAGGCCAGGAAGUCAAGAGAUAAAGAUGCUGGAACAUUCACAGCAAUUAAUUCAGAGUGUAGAGAUGGUUUAGAGAAAAGUAGAAUAUCAUAUUCAACAUAUAUGUCAGAUGAAGGAAGCACAGACAUGUCCAAAGGUAUGAAGAAGACAGACACCAAAACAAAGCCAGUGAAUUGUAAGAAUCCCUUCAAAAGAGAAACAUGCGCAAAGUACAACAGAUUGCCAAAGAGGUCUAGGUUUGAGAUAUUUGAAGAUCGCACUAGUCCAUCUUUUACUGACAUAAUUCUUGGAAGAAAGAAACGGCCUUCUGUAUUUUCUGAUGUUGAUACAGAGGCAAGUUUCCAGUUAUCUGAAAGGUCAGUUGCACAAACAUCUCACACUGCACCAGAUAGCCAGUCCAGUGUGGAAUCUUCAUUAGAUGUGGUGCCCAUGUUGGAUACACCAGCAAUAGACCUCCUUGGUGCUGACAUACAAUCAUCACAAGAUGAAAUGGCUCUGCCAUUGCAUGAUUUAUCAAAGUUACCAACUCAAUCAAAACAGAAGCAAAAUACUCCUGUGAGAGGUGAAUACUGUAGUGUAAAAGAAAAGCCCAAAGAUAUUAGUGGAUCUUUUGAACUUGUCGAAUCUAAAAAGAAACAGUGGCAUGGAAAGGAGUACCAGGAGGAAACACAGUAUAGGUCCAAAAGAUGUCUUGGCAUGGAUGAAGUUGAGGGAGAAAAUGAUAGUCAGUCCAGCAUCGAUUCAGAAUAUAACAGCAAACAGAUGCAAGAACCAUCCAGCUCCUGUCGUUCAAUAGUGAGGAUGUUCGAGGACUUGUGCCGAUCACAAGAAAGCACUACUGAACUUACAGACAGUUCUACCAGGUACAGAGACAAGAAGAAAAAUAAGCAGCGUGAGGCACUGAAGACACCAGAUAGUGGAGUAAAGGAGCAAUCCACUAAGAACAGACCACGAAACACAUCAAAUGGAAAAGGUCUUAGUGUGGCUAGGAAACUACCCAUGGGCCCAGCUGGAGAUGCUAGUCAAACCUACAGCAUUGCGUCAUACAGUCCUGAACAGACCUUAGCUGAUGAUGAUGAUUUGCUGGAGGAAAGUGAAGAGAGUUUUGUAUUGCAAACCAACAGACACCUUUUCUUUACACCUUCACAGAACAAGAUGUUGAAUAAAAGAACUCGAGAACAGACCAAAAAUGAAGAGUCGGAUGAAGAGCUAAUCCAAAACCAAAUUAGGAUUUCCUCACAAUUCACCAGUAGCUUUCAGGAGAGCCCUAAAUUAUCUCGCAUCAAAUCUAGAAGAACAAGACCAAAGACAGCAGCCCAGUCACAUACCAGAAUGUCACAUGAUGAUGAAGAAGAGGAUUAUUUUGAACUGUUUAGGUCAUUUUCUUCAGGAGAUAGGGAGGAAACCAGCUCUAACUGGACAGUGUGUAAGAGUAUCAUGGCAAUGCGCAGAAUAAUGAGAGCUGCCAAUGAUGAAGUACUGGCUCUAUCCACUGCUGUCAUUGAUGAUGAUGAGGAUGAUGACAAUUUUUCUUGUGGGUCUCUUCCAAGAUCAGUGACUCUUAGUAGCUUGAGUGAGGUGACUGCAACUCCUCAGCCAAAAAAACACACCAGUAGAUCAGUACAAAAAAGCAAGUCAACUAUCACGAGUGGGAAUUCUUCAAGGAAGAAGGACACAUAUGGCACCAAUACUCAUCCUAAGAAAGCAAAAGCACAGUCACAACCUAAAUGCAAAGUGAACCAAGCAACAAUCUCUGCCUUACAGUCCUUGCUUUCUUCAAUGGAAACUUCCUUGGGGCUUCCAGCAUCUCAGGAUUUCUUGGAAACUGAGAAGCACCCUGUUCAAGAGAGUUGUCAGGAAUGGCCAACAUCACAGGACUCCUCUUGGGCAGAGGAUUACCCUGUUUUUAAUUCUUCAGUCCAAAAGAAGAAGAGAAAUCAACAGGGGGAGCCAAAAAGCAGAUUCAGAAUGCAAAAUCUAGUGUCUUCUCCAGUGUCUUCUGUGAACACCUCUCAGGGCAUUUUGUGUGAUAUGUUUGAUGAAAGAACUCCAUGUGAUAAGAAUGUGAGGCCAACAAGCAGGCUGAUUUCCAGUGGAACCAGAUCUUUUAAUUACAGCAUUUCUGGUGACGAUGAAUGGGAUAAUUUAAUAUGAAUGUUUAUUGCUGAUACCAAAGGAUAAAGAUUGCAAAGUUACUUAUUUAAUAGAGUUAUAGAAAUUAAUCACAGUAUUGUGAACUUGCAAAAACCAGUAGCAGCAGUGUGAUCUUUCACCUUUUCUGAAUUUUUUUUAAUCCACUACCAGUCAAUUGGGAUGGGUUUUUCCUGCUGCUUUUAUUAUCUUCUUCAAAAUAACUGCUUCCAAACCAAGUUGAUUUUAUAGGUUUGUUCGUGAAUAAGUUUGAAAUGAGCAGUUACCUUUGUUAUAAAUAUCACAAAUGUAAGAAGCAUUUUUAGUCCUUUUACCACAAUGUGUAAGUUUUCUUAUAUGAACUUUGUUUAAGGCAAAUGUGACAUAAGUAGUUUAUAACUUUUAAUGUUUAUUUGUUAGAAGUUUUAUACAAUUUGGUAUGUUAAUGUUUGUAUUGUUGUG